GUGUCAGUGUGUGGCAGAUUCCCAGAACUACAAGCGGUUGUACCUCAGUUAUGGCUGACACCUUACGAAGGUUGGUCAACACAACGACCUAUAAACUGCUGCAGAAUAAACUUGAAACCUGGUACAGAGAAUAUCACGUUAACUCAUGUGAUCAGAACUUGAAUCGCUGCUGUGAACUUAUUGAACUGACCUCAAAAGUUCAAGGAGAAUUAUUCACCAUUCUCAGUCUCACAGCAAGUGAAGGUGGUGUUUAUUCUGGUGUUGAUACUAUCAAAUCUCGCUUCCUCCCCUGGCUCGGGUCCAGCUUUACUGUCCUUACAUCGGGAGUGACGUCUGACACCAGCCUUACUCUCAUGAAGGAAUCCGCUGAAAAGGAUCAGAAACUGAGGGAACAGGCAACAGUCCAUGAAAAAGAAAUGAUUGAAUUGGAGACUGAAUUAAAUACAACACGUCGCCAACUUGGGACUAUCAAACAGGAGCUAGCAGAAGUUCACAUGGAGCUGGAUGAUACUCAGAACAAAUCUGCUGCAACGUUCCUGGCAACAGAGGAUGAAAUAAUUCAACUGAGGGCUGAGUUAAGAGCAGUUCGAGACCAAGUGAGAUUUUAUAAACAAAAGGUGGAUGUACUGGACGACUAUGAGCGACAGAUCAGACAACUAAAAGAUGAAGUUGCUUUCCUAUCUGCAGAGAAAUCCUUGCUGCAGGAAAGAAUCUCAGGACGUCGUUCUCCCAUCUGUUUUUCCUCUCUGACCAGUCACUCACCUACCAGUAGCAAACUGACUAGUGCCUCUCGUCAUGCUCGACUGGUUUCCCGCUUCAAUGAUCUUUAUGCCAAUGAACGUCUGAAUGCACAAAAUCUCCUCAGACGUUAUGUUGAUGAUCUAGAGAUGGUGCAAAAAAUAAUAUUCAUUGCCACAACAGAGGCAUUCCAAGCAGCCAAAAUGGCCUUCCGACAAUUCAAAUUGCGGGUACGGAAAACACUUUCUCCUUCUCACCAUGGACCAGAGCCAUUGGAUGAAGCUGUGAUGGAUUAUAUCAUUCGUAACCAGGAUCUCUAUGAUGUUCAGUCCAGCAUUAAUGAUGUGAUCCGCAGCAUGAGCAUCAAUCCGAAGAUUUCCUUUCCAUCCGAGGUUGACUUCAUAUUGAUCAGCAGUUUUAUCCGCGAAGUGUGUCGUGUAGCUUUUGCCAUGCAGACGCUGGAGCCUCCGCUUGAUGUUGCCUUCACAACAGAUGGUGAACUCUUCAAUGAGAAAAAGUAUCGUCGCAGCUAUGACUCAGAUUUCACUGCUCCGCUUGUGGUUUAUCACAUCUGGCCAGCCUUGAUGGAAAAUGACACAAUCAUCGCUAAGGGAGAAGCAUUCACGAAAAGAGGAGCUCUGUGGUCACCAAGUAAAAGCCGAAGCAGAGGUUCCAGUCCAGCCCGCUCUCGUUCCACCAGUCCAGCCCGUGCACUGUCUUCUCGAAGCCGUAGUCCUUCCCCCAUCAGACGAAGCAUUAGUCCAAGACGCUGAAGCAAUUGAAGUUUAAGAAUUAACAGAGUGAUAGACUUCUGAAAGCUUUCUCUGAUAUCAGGAAUUUAAUCGACAGAAGUGGAUUAAUGUGAAAAUUUUCUGCAGGUUCUCAUCUUCUGAGAAAGGAAUCCUCUUUUUGUGUGUUUUUUUGUGCAUGCCACUUAAUUGUGUGAAUAAUUAAAUACAUUCCUUGUACAGUAUCAAUCUAAGAGCUAUGUUAGCAAUCACAUACACUUAACAAGACCCAUCGAUGAAUAUUCUUAAAUUCUCGAACACAGUAACACAAUCGAUAAGACAACUAGGAAGUGAAUGAAAUAUUUGGCUUUGCAAGUAGGAAUGUUAAACACAGAAACAGGCAAGUUACAGUUAACAUUUACAAAUCUCUGGUUAGACCUCAGCCAGAGUUGUGUACAGUUCCAGGCAUUCCACUUUUGAAAGCAAGAAUUUUACCAUGAUGAUAUCAGUAACUUCAAUUAUAUGGAGAAAUUGGAGAAAGUAGGUUUUUUCUCCUUAAAGGGGAGACCAGAUGGAGACAUUUGAAAGGCAGUGCGUACAGAGGAUUCAGUUGGAAAUAGGUCAACAGUUCGAGGCCAUUGAUUUUAAAAUGAUUGUGUGAAGAUGGAACUCUCCUGAUUUCCUCACUGGUUCAGCUAUCAGAAGGUUAUGAAGAGCUGGAAAAUACUCUCUGAAGGGGUGGUGGGACCAGAUUCCAUAGAAACUUUCAAAAGGUAAUUGGACAUAACUUGCCGGGCUAUGUGAACCAAGCAGGUCAGCAGGACUAAACUGAACAGCACUUUGAAAGAGCUGGCAUGGCACAAAAGCCCAAAAGGACUCCUCUGGUGCUGCAGGAUUCUGUGCUUCUAAGGUUAAAUGUGGGCAGUGCAUUCCUGAAUUUACAGUGGCUGUAAUUGCAAAAUACAUUAAUAGGGCAUGGAAGGAAUUUCGGAGAAAAGAUACAGCUAAAACAAACUCCUUUAAUUUUAGAAAUUACAAAGCAUUCUUUCAAAAUCCUAGCUAUUUUUUCAGUCUUACAUGACGCAAACUGAGCACAAUAUUAACUGAAAAUAAAAUAGUGCAGAUGCUGGAAAUCUGAAACAAAAUCAGAAAAUACUGCAAACUUUUAACAGGUCUGGAAGUGUCUUUGGAGAAAAGGUAAUAUUAUUACUUCAAUUCGAAGACUCUGAGUUGGAACAAUAAAAGAAUUAGUUGUAAUGAGAGGCCAUUGACCUGAUGUGUUAGCUCAGCCUACCUGCCUCCAUUGAGGCUUCUUGACCUGUUUAGCAUCUCUGACAAUUUUAAGUAGGUUUUCAUUCUAUUGGAACCAGGGUCAUCGAUACCCGACUAUGGUGCUGAAUAUAACACACAGGUAAAAUAGUUUUAUGUGUUAAUGAAAUCUGAAAUGUUUUAUAUCAUUCAGAGUUUUACAAUUAUGUGGAGUUUGGUUGUAUAAUGACUGUUCAAGGAGUACAAUACUGUUUGUUAAUUCUUUUAAUUAUCUUAUAAUUAUCUUACUUGAUAACUUGUCAUUAAAAAAACAUUUGGUUACACAACUAUCAGCGACCCAAUAGAAGCAAGAAGUGGGAACUUUUAUUCUGCAGUAGGAAGGUAUUUUAUUUGCUUGGAUAUUUGGUUAAAGGCAGCAGAAUUGUAAUUUAUCUGAUUUUACCAGAUUGUUCUGAUAUUACCUUCUAUCAGUGGAAUGUAAUGAAAAGCAUUAAUGACACCUUACUUACAGGCAAACUGUUUUCUACUCCUUUCUAUGUAACAUUCCAUCCUGUGUUUCUCAAAUUCCAUCACCAUAUUUUAAGAUUGAGGCCUUUUUCCUAAUAUUCUCCUUCUAUUUCAAUUUCAUAAUCCCAUUUCAUAAUACAAUGACCCUACUUUAUACAUCAGCAUUUCCCCUGAUUUCUACUGGUCUUUUGAAAAUGUUUUAUUCAUGUGCUGUGUUAUCUUACCAAAAAAGCUUAAGCAGUGCAAUGAUCACUGUUUUGUUCCACAUCAGUCCACACAGUAUUGAAAGAACAGCUAGGGAUUAAAAGUUCACAGUUAACUUUAAUACUUUGACCCUCAAGCUUUGGUAAACAUAUUAUGCAGCUGUGAGUGUAUAUGCACAUGGUUCAGCAUUGGUACCUUCACUGUUUUAAAAUGUUUUGUAACCUGCACACAAGCACUUUAUUGGAGAUCAAUACCAUCUAUCAUUAGACAAACAGAAUUCCUACGAUAAUCCGGUGACUGAUUAAUGUAAUUAAAAGUAGGAAGCAUAGCCACCAAUUUUCUUUACUUAUUCACUCCUUUAUUUUUUUAAAAAGCAUUUAUAAUGUCAAGCACUCACAGAAUUCAAUUGCAUGAAGCCUUGUCAUUUCGCCUAUAGAAAGCUGGGUUCAAACCCCAUAGAUAGGACAACAAUAUUCAAUGCCUUUUGGCUGUUCAGGCUCUUCAUCAAAUGAGUUAGAUAAUUUGAAACCAGUAACUUCAGAUGUCAGGCCCGAAACCUCAGCUUUUGUGCUCCUGAGAUGCUGCUUGGCCUGCUGUGUUCAUCCAGCUUCGCACUUUGUUAUCUACUUCAGAUGUCAGCCCGUUAUCAAACUGGCAGCUCCAUAUAGAAAUGCUACAGAAAACUAAUAAUGAAAAUGGAAAAAUAUUACUGUUAAAAUGGAGUCACUUGGCUAAAAUUAAUGCUGAGGCACAUGGCUGGGACAGAAUAGAAGGAGUUUUACUUUACAGCUGAGUCUGCUUGAUCUGUGCUUAGUGCUAAUACUGAGCGCUUAAAAUGAGAAGGUGUUUCAUUUCCUUAUGAUAAUAUUCUUCAUCUUGACAACACAAAGUUCAUGAAUCUUUUGAAAAGGAAAAAGAAAGGGGAAUUAUGAGCACUAAAAAUUUAAUAUUUCAUGGGAAUUAACAUGCAUUACAGUUUUGUUGUUUUUUUAUCCCCCAACACAAUUUUAACAUCUGGAGAAAGAAUAUGUCCUGGUGAAUACACAUCCUGUACUUGUUACCCUGUGAUGGUCAGUCAUUUAAAGAUCCUGCAACCAAAGUAUUUGAAAGAACAGUAAUGUCCAACAGUUCGGGAACGUUGUCUUGUUCCACAGAUGUACAUAAGGCCUAGAUGACGUUCUGUUGGCCUGCGUGGACAAUCCCUGACUCUCAAACACUAUCCCUCCAGAGGUAACAGCUUCACAGCAAUGAUUACAAAAUGAACAACGCAUACUUUCUUAACUUUAAUUUCUACCUGUUAUAUUCAAAGAGAAGCAUUGCUGACUAUCCUCCUGCAGGAGGGAAGGAGAUAAUUUCAUUAGCCUGGAGUGCAUUGUUGGCAUGCAGAUCCCAAAAUUAUUCUCUAGGUGUUAACCAUAGUGAUUCAAAAUGUACAUUCCCUUAAAGAAUUUACAUUUAGCAGGGUUCAUAACCAGAUGCAGAACCAUAUUUUACUCAUGUGACAUUCAUAUUCAAGAAUUUUUAAUUCUGUACACAAGUACAAUCUACUUUAAACAGUAGUAUUGCAUCCAAUGUUUUGGUUAAUGCUUGAAAAUAAUGCUAAUUUUUUUUAU